UGACCAAACCAGAUCUGAUCCGUCUUGUUCACUCUCACUGUACACCUUAGAGAACACCAUGGCCGAUCACCGUCACCACCACCAACAUCGACCGCACAGCCUCUCCCUACCAUCGCGCACCACCACUUUCUCCGCUACACCGAGACGCUAUCCUACGUUCCAAUACUCAUCAUCAUCAUCAACCCCAACUCCUACACCAUCGAAACAGCGUGGUGUUUCUUCUUUCUCCACAUCCUUCAAUUCCAAAUCAUCUUUCUCCUUCCUCUUCCUCCUUCUCUUCUCUCUUCGCUCCCUAUAUUCCCUUCUCCCUUUUCUUCGUUCUUCCCCUUCGUUUUCUCUCUUCCCUUUCUCUUUCCUCGUUUCUCUUCUCUCCUUCUUCCUCACACUCUCCUUUUCAAUCUUUUCAUCCUCCUCUUUUUCUUUCUCUUCUUCCAAAGACCCUUUUCACCAACACAAGCCUAAGAAGCCUCUUUUUAUGUUAUCUUCAAUCACGCACUCUCAGCAAAGGGUUCUCGUUACAAAAUCAGUUCUUCUGGCUCUGGUCUUUCUCCUUCGGUUUCAAGCUCUUCGAUACUGCGGCACCGCCGCCAUGAUCCUCGCCGAGUUCAUGGGAAGCGUGGCUGCUCGGGUUUUCGCUGAAAGAAGAAACCAUAACGAGAAAGGGUGGAGUAAGGUUCGUGGGUUCGUGUCGUUGUUUCUUGGAUUGUUCAUGUUGUCUUUUGGUUGGGAUCAAAUUGAAUGUUUUCCUAGUAAAUGGUCAAAACCCAGUGAGAAUUGUGUGAAGAUUUGGCCAUUGUUGCUUCCUUUUAUGUCUGGGUUUUUGGGUUGUUUUGAACGUGUUUCGAUGGAUUGGGGAACGGUUAAGCAGAUUGGUCAUAAACGGGUUAGGCUAAUUACACUCUUUUUCACUACAGUUGUGCUUUUUGUUCCUGCUAUGAUUAGUUUUCUCGUGUUUGAAUCUGAAGAAGAUAGUGUUGCCUUUGGGAAUAUGGCUUGGCCUCUGGCCAACACUGUUGUUUUUGGUGUGCUUUUGAGCGAAAAUUUUAGUGAUGAGAAGUUGGUAAGUUCCAAAGACUCUCAUAGGGAAUUUUUGGUGACUUUUGCUUGUACCCUUGUAUUGGAGCUUUUCUAUUUUCCUAAUCUUUCCCUAUGGGGUUUGUUGCUUUGUGGCUUAUUGCUCUAUGUGGCUGUUAGAGACUUGGAUCCUUUUCAUUUCAAUGAUCUUGGGUCAGGAGGGGAGUCUUCUGAGUUUUUGAGUGACAUGAUUAUGAAGCCUAUAAAACAUAUUUUGAGCGAGAGGAAAUCCCGGAAAAUCGCACUUUUUCUUUUGAUCAACACUGGUUAUAUGGUUGUGGAAUUUGCUGCUGGAUUUAUGAGCAAUAGUCUUGGACUGAUAUCAGAUGCAUGUCACAUGUUGUUUGAUUGUGCUGCUUUGGCAAUUGGGCUGUAUGCUUCUUAUAUAUCUCGUUUGCCUGCAAAUAACCAGUAUAACUAUGGCCGGGGAAGAUUUGAGGUUCUAUCAGGAUAUACUAAUGCUGUUUUUCUGGUUCUUGUGGGUGCACUGAUAGUGGUGGAGUCCUUUGAGAGGAUAUUCGAUCCUCAAGAAAUAUCAACUAAAAGUUUGUUGGUUGUCUCUAUCGGAGGGCUUGUAGUCAAUGUCAUUGGCUUGAUAUUCUUUCAUGAGGAGCAUCAUCAUGCCCAUGGAGGAUCUGGAUCAUGCUCACAUUCACACGCACACUCACAUAGUCACCAUCCCAACCAUCGUCAUGAUCUGCAUUGCGAAGGUGAACAUCAUCAUGAAGGACAUGGAAGCAAUCAAGAAUUGAUUUCUGUUUCCAGUGAUUGCCAAGACAAUUCAUACUCUAGUGAUCUUGGUCAUCACGACCACUGCAGUCAUGAGAGGAAGGCUGAGUGUCAUGCAGAAAAUCACAGCAUUCAGAGCUUUAAGCAUCAUGAAGAUGCCCAUCUGCAUGAACCCCAUGACCCCACCCACCGCCAUGACCAUCACGACCACACCAGCCACCACGAUUUUCAUCACCAUCUUGAUGCUGACCACCAUGGUCAAGAAAUUCCACUUGUUCACCCCUUGGAGGUUGUUCAUAAUGUCACCAGUUCCGGUUGUGAAGGAGUUUGUUCUUCUACAGGAAAUUGUGAUACCCACCAGAAGAAAACAUUACGUAAUCCAAAAGAGCCCCAAGAGCACAGCCAUCGCCAUAUUGAUCACAAUAUGGAAGGCAUUUUCUUGCAUGUUCUUGCAGACACACUGGGGAGUGUUGGUGUUGUUAUAUCUACCCUAUUAAUUGAGUACAAGGGAUGGCUUGUUGCUGAUCCUGCCUGCUCAAUUUUUAUUUCAAUUUUAAUUAUAUCAUCCGUGAUACCUUUACUCAGAAAUUCAGCUGAAAUUUUGCUCCAAAGAGUUCCAAGGGUGCAUGGGCAUGAGCUGAAAGAUGCCUUAAAUAAUGUUUUGAAGAUAAGGGGUGUUUACGGCAUUCAAAAGUUUCAUUUAUGGAGUUUCACAAACACAGAUGUAGUUGGGACACUGCAUCUACAUAUAUCAACAGAUUCCGACAAGACAUCCACGAAGUCUCAGGUCUCACAUCUAUUACAUAAUGCUGGAAUCAAGGAUUUAACCUUGGAGGUGGAAUGUGUUGUUGCAUAGUAUUUUUCCAAGUAGUUCUUAUCAGCAAGGGUAGCCAUGACUAUGAUUGCCAGUGAAGUCUGUGGAUGAAUUACUGACAUAUACUUUGGAAUAGAGGUACAAAUUUCCCGAUCGUUGUCAUGUGGAAUGUUUGAUAAUAUUACCACAUGUAUACCUGUCUAUUUUUACCUGAGGGAUGAUGAUUUUUGUUAUGGGUCAGUUUGUCGGGUUUCAUAAAAUAGCAAAGUUGUAACUUAUUUUGUAUACAGUGAUAUAAAGAGACAAGCAUAGGCAGUAAAAAAGCAGUUGAAAAUGAAAUAAAAAAAUAAGGUCCAAGUAUCACCUUUU